GAGAGUGACCGGGAAGCAAGGGGGGCGUUUCGGUUGGAGGGCUAGCCAGACCGACCAAUGGGAUCAGGGAAGCUGGCUCAGGUGCUGCUGGGCUGGGCGGCGGUGUGCCUCGGGGCGGUGCACGUGACCUGCGCUCAAACCGGGACCGGGACUGGGACCGGACCGCACCAAGCCAGCCGCUUCACCGGCACCGCGGACCAGAGGGAGGUGCAGCGGGUCCGACGCCGAGGCCAGGAGACGCUGAGAGGGCCCAAUGUGUGUGGCUCCCGCUUCCAUUCAUACUGCUGCCCGGGCUGGAAGACGCUGCCGGGAGGGAACCAGUGUAUUGUUCCAAUCUGCAGGAAUUCGUGCGGCGAUGGAUUCUGUUCCAGACCCAACAUGUGUACCUGUUCCAACGGGCAGCUCUCGCCCAGCUGUGGCGCAGGAGCAGGAGUUCAGUCCUGCAACGUCAGGUGUAUGAACGGAGGCAGCUGCGCCGAGGACUCCUGCUCCUGCCCCAAGGGCUACACCGGCAGCCACUGUGGACAGCCUGUGUGUGAGAACGGCUGCCAGAACGGCGGGCGCUGCAUCGGGCCCAACAGAUGCGCUUGUGUCUACGGUUUCACUGGCCCGCAGUGCGAGAGAGACUACAGGACGGGGCCGUGCUUCACCCAGGUGAACAACCAGAUGUGCCAGGGCCAGCUCAGCGGCAUCGUCUGCACCAAAACCCUCUGCUGCGCCACCAUUGGCCGAGCCUGGGGCCACCCCUGCGAGCAGUGUCCCGCCCAGCCGCACCCCUGCAGACGAGGCUUCAUCCCCAACAUUCGCACCGGAGCCUGCCAAG